GUAGAGACCGCAGUUGAGUCGGAAACGUUGAGCGGAUUAAAAGAUUCUCUGGAAAACGAAAAUCGUUCUUUAUUUUCUUAGAAAAAAAAUUGAAUUCGAAAAAAAGAAGAAGGCUACAAAUAUUGUGAAGAUUUUUUCAAUAAAAUGUCCAUUAGCUGACACGGAAUUUGUUAUUGUCAAGCCAUUAAGUGACGCAAACGAAAAUUUCAAUUAAAAAACGCAAACGAAAUUUAACCCCCCCCCAUUCGGCCGGAAUUGAAGACUUCGACGGGUUCUCAUUUCGUUUAAUAGCUGUCAAAAUUCUAAAUUGACAUCAUUUUUAUUCAUCAACAACCCGAAAAAAAAAAUAAAAAAAAACGCCAAACGAUCGAUUUCAUUGAUGGAAAUGUUCGAAACAAAUGUUUUGCCGUGAUCUUUAAUUUAUUGUUUUGCUCUAAAAAACAAUAACAAAUUCAUUACAAAAGAAACAACAACAAAACGAAAAUUAUUUAACAAAAAAAACGGAGAAUUGUCAUUUAUAUCAACUAAAAACGCCAAAGCCUCUCUCCCCGCUGCUUCAUCGCUCACUUUCACUCGCGUUUGCCACGUCAAAAUCGAAAACUAAUUAACCGCCGACCAUGGUCUAUUUUCGCGACAAAGAACGCAAUCGGGAACGCGCCGAUCAAAAGCAAGUCGCCAUCGAACGUAUCAUUCAUGACGAGGAGUUCGGUGAGGAAAAUGUCGAACUGGUCGAUUCCGAAUGGGCUGAUUUUGAGAAAUUCAUACGAGAUCUGCGCCAACGCCGCUCCAGUACCACAUCAAUGGAGGAAGAGCUAAGACAUGCCCAACGCCCGACCCGUGUCAAAUCGCAGGCAUUUUAUCCUUGCCCACCGCCAGCUGAACACGGUCGCGAUUCGGAUUCAUCCUCGGACGAUGAUGAUCCCUUUGGAUAUAUUGAUACUGUAAUGUAUGGCCGCUAUACCAAAGAUUUAGGAGAAUUUGCCAAAGAUGAAGCCAGAAAACUCAAAUUGCUGCAAAAACGACGAAAGUUGGAGGACAAACAGAGGAAUAAGGAACUCCUAGGGAAACGUGAGUCUCGUGCAUUUAAAGUCUCAUCAUGGAUAUGGAAACACACAUUUGCCCGCCUAGGCGAAGACUGGGUGUUUUUGGCCCUGCUGGGCAUAAUUAUGGCCCUGCUGUCGUAUAUCAUGGACAAGGGUAUAUCGAUAUGUACAAAUGCCCGUGUUUGGCUGUAUCGCGAUCUAACAUCUCAGCCCAUAGCCCAGUAUUUUGCCUGGGUCUCAUUGCCCGUCUGUCUGAUAUUGUUCUCGGCGGGCUUUGUACAUCUGAUAGCGCCGCAGAGUAUAGGUUCCGGUAUACCCGAAAUGAAAACCAUUCUGCGAGGGGUGGCCCUAAAAGAGUAUUUAACCUUUAAGACAUUAGUGGCCAAAAUUGUUGGUUUAACGGCAACUUUGGGCAGUGGUAUGCCAUUAGGAAAGGAAGGUCCAUUCGUACAUAUAGCAAGUAUUGUAGCACAAUUAUUAAGUAAGCUAGUAACAUCAUUCCAAGGUAUCUAUGAGAACGAGUCACGCAACUCGGAAAUGUUGGCCGCUGCCUGUGCAGUGGGUGUGGGAGCGUGUUUUGCGGCGCCAGUGGGCGGUGUAUUAUUUAGUAUAGAAGUAACAACCACCUAUUUUGCGGUGCGUAACUAUUGGCGCGGUUUCUUUGCCGCCGUCUGUGGUGCUACAGUUUUCCGUUUGCUGGCCGUUUGGUUCCAAAAUGCCGACACAGUGAGGGCAGUGUUCUUAACGAAUUUCACAACGGAGUUUCCAUUCGAUCCUCAGGAGUUGUUUGUCUUUGCCUUGAUGGGUGUCGUUUGUGGCCUUGGCGGAGCCGCCUAUGUCUGGGUACAUCGAAGAUACGUCCUAUUUAUGCGCUCGAAUAAGAAAAUGAACAAGUUCCUCCAAAAGAAUCGCUUCCUCUACCCAGGCUUCUUGGCAUUGUUGGUAUCAACCAUAUCUUUUCCCUUGGGCACGGGCCAAUUUAUUGCCGGUGAAUUGGGUACCCAUGAACAGGUGACCCAGCUGUUUAGUAACUUUACCUGGUCUCGCGAUGAUCUGACUGUGGAACAAGCCGCCAUUGUAACCCAUUGGGUGACACCAUAUACGAAUGUAUUCAUCAAUCUGACAUGCUAUGUUAUUUUUACGUUUGUGUUCUCCAUCAUUGCCUCGACGAUACCCGUACCCUCCGGCAUUUUCAUACCCGUCUUCAAAAUCGGUGCCGGCUUGGGUCGUUUGAUAGGUGAGAGCAUGCAUUUGUGGUUUCCCAACGGUGUCCGCUAUGGCGGUCGCCUCUCGCCCAUCAAUCCCGGCGGUUAUGCUGUGGUGGGUGCUGCAGCAUUUUCGGGCGCUGUCACGCAUACGGUCUCGGUGGCGGUGAUCGUGUUCGAAAUGACCGGCCAAAUUACGCACGUGGUGCCGGUGAUGAUAGCUGUCCUGAUAGCCAAUGCCAUUGCGGCCCUGCUCCAGCCCUCUAUGUAUGAUAGUAUUAUACUUAUCAAAAAGUUGCCAUAUCUGCCCGAUCUACUGCCAUCCAGUUCGGGUAUGUAUAGCAUCUAUGUGGAGGACUUUAUGGUGCGCGAUGUCAAGUACAUAUGGCAAGGUAUCACCUAUCAACGUCUCAAAGAAGUACUAAAGAGCAACAAGACGCUGCGUUCCCUUCCCCUGGUCGAUAGUCCGGAAAAUAUGAUCCUCCUGGGAUCGGUGCAACGUUAUGAACUCAUCAAAAUGAUCGAAAAACACAUUGGCCGUGAAAAACGCAUGGAGGUAGCCCAGAAAUGGAAAAAGGAGGCCGAGGAACGUAUACGCGAAGAGGAACGCAAAAAGCAAGAGGCCGAACAGCGCAUGCGUCGUCCAUCUCGCUUCGAAGUCCUGCCCGCCCCUGACAUUCUUAGCCUACGUCAAAUAGCCAACGAUGAAAUGUUGCCACCGAAAAAGAAACAAGAGACCCUCAACAACACGCUCCAGCCGCGUAAAUCCAUUCUCAAAAAGACAAACUCAUUUAAUCUUAAAGCUUUUACACCUACCUCGCUGAAUAGUCCCAGCAUAACGCCAUAUUCCACCAUUACCGGCGCCGAGCAGCGCAUUCGCAAUGCCUUCGAGACCAUUUUCAAGAAAUCAACCACCCUACAAGAUGUUCAGCCCAGUGAUGGCCAGGAGCCGGGUUCGAUAUCGGCUGCAACGAGUACCGGUGACAUGAUGACACCCGGCACCCCAACGGUACAGAGGGCGCCCAGUACACCGGGUAUCUCGAAAAAAGUUCAGUUGAAUGCACAAAAGAACCCUCAAUCCGAGGAGGAUGCAAAUAUGCAAGUACCACCAGGUACCCCACCAAGACUUAAAAAAACUCAGCCGUAUAUUAUUGGUCUGAAUAAUACGACAAUUAUAAAUGACAUCCAUGGUCGGGCCAAAUUCAAGCCGAUACAUCAGCCAAAUAUGCAGCCACUACCAUCGAUUUUGAAAAAUUCCGAAAAAUGUAAAGAUCUCUAUUACAACACACUAAAUGAGGCGGAUUUUGAUGCCAUAACGGCUGAGAAUACUAAACAAAAUAAAGUUAAUAAACCCACUAUUAAAUCAAUUUUGAAAAAGCAUGACAACUUUAAAAUGCUACUGAAAAAAUCGACAGAAUUGAAAAAGGCAGAAAAAGAUAAACAAAAUCUAGAAACACAACAGGGCGUCUCUGGGGAUGGCAACCCCAGUCCUAGUAAGGAAACGGUGGAGGGGAAUGGUAAAAAUAAAAAUAUUAGCUCUGAAUCGUUAAAUGUUGAGAAAAAUGAAAAGGAAACGGAGAAUCAGAAUUUGAAUGAAAAGGAUACUCAGUCCACUGAGAACUUGCAAGCCAAUCACAUAGGGCCAUCCUAUAAAGGCAGUAUCAAAAAGGUCAAAAGUGUCCAAUUGCCACGAGAACGUGUCAUCGAUAUGUCACCGGAGGAUCAAAAGAAAUGGGAAAUGGAAGAAAUGCAAAAACCCAUCGAUCUGGAAAAGGCCAAUGUCAACAUUGAUCCAAGUCCCUUCCAGCUGGUCGAACGAACCUCUAUACUCAAAGUACAUUCACUGUUCUCAAUGGUGGGCAUCAAUCAUGCCUAUGUCACGAAAAUUGGCCGUCUGGUUGGGGUUGUGGGCUUGAAGGAGCUCCGCAAGGCCAUCGAAGACAUCAACAGCAAUAGUUUUGUGAUAUCGAAUCAAUUAAAAGACAAUCCCCUCGAUGUGGAAAACAGUGCCGCAGAGAAACCAUUGCUGCCGCAAGACAGCAGCGAUAAACAGGUGAAUAUGACUGUCACAUCUAUGGACUCGGCUCUAUCGAAUUCCGACAAUUGUUCCGACAUUGAAAUGGAGAAUAUUCACAAGACGACAACGGUGACGGACACCGCAAAGACAUGCAACACGACCACAACCACAUCGCCAUUAACAAUCACUUCCGACAAUCCAAAUUCCACAACCUCGUCGCCUGGCCAUCAGAGUGACUCGAAGGCAGAGUGACCGGGCCGGCAAAAAUUGUGUCAAAACUUUUGUGUAUAUCUAUGCUAAAAAAACAAAAA